UCAAACCCCGAAGUCGUCCCUAGCCGGAGUUCUCGAACUGCUCUCUACUUCGUCUUUGUCUACUCCCACGCCUCCCAUUCCUGCAACUACUUGGCCAUUCAUUGCCUAUCAAGCCGCCCGGCUACGCCUUAAUCCAACACACGUCCCUCCUUGCUCCACUCAACUUCCCAAGUACGCCUCCGGAGCCAGAGCGUCAACUUCCUCCACCACCAUGGCCACCCCAACUUCAUCUCCCGUCCCUCUCCCCCCGGAUUUCAAUCCCUUCGAGCAACCAUUCACCCUAAUCGGCGGGGAUGGCGUCCCCUUCAACGUCACCAUGAAGGACGUCGACCACCUCCGCGAAUUCGGCGUCCGCCUAGCCAUCAACUACGGCACCCAGAUCGGAGCCUCCAUCGUCUUGUUGGUAAUGCUCCUCCUCCUAACCAGACGUGAGAAGCGCCGCUCGGCAAUCUUCGUCCUGAACGCCCUCUGCCUGGCCGUCAACAUUGUUCGCUCCGUACUUCAGUCCCGCUACCUGACGGGCCACUACUUCAACGUCUACAGCAUCCUCGCCGCCGAUACUUCGCAUGACACGGAUGCCGACCUGGCGAAUACGGUUGCGUCGAAUACCAUGACGUUGCUGCUUGUCAUCUGCAUCAUGGCCUCGCUCAGCAUGCAGGUGUGGGUCGUGUGCAAGACGGCUCCUACCUGGCAGCGUAUCGUCAUCAUGUGUGUUACCACUGCCAUCGCCUUGGUGGCCGUGGGAUAUCGCUUCGCCGUCACGGUCAUCAGCAACGAUUUGGCCCUCAAGGAGACGCCGUAUGGCAUGGUUGAAUAUCAAUGGCUCCUGGAUCAGAUGAACAUCAUGCAAGCCGUCGCUAUAUGGGUGUACUGCGCCGUCUUCACGGCGAAGCUGGGCCACGCGCUGAUUUCGCGCCGGAGGAUGGGCAUGACGCAGUUUGGGCCGAUGCAGAUUGUCUUCAUCAUGGGGGCGCAGACGAUGGUGAUUCCAGCCAUCUUCGCCGUCCUCCAAUUCAACAAAGACGUGCCCGAACUCGGCUCCCAGACCCUCACCGUCGUGUGCCUCUUCCUGCCCCUCUCCGCUAUCUGGGCCGGCGUCGUCGCCUCGGACAACGAACUAGGCGCCUCCUCGGGCGGCGGCGUCCAUCGUCUCCUUGUGCAGGACCAAUUCGGCCGUAGCUCGGGCGCUGGAAGCCCGAAUAGCAGCCGCUUCAUGCAUGGGGGCUCGAAGGGGACGGCGAGUACGCUUGUGAGCAGUUUUGGGGCAAAGGAGAUGGAGAGUCCUGUGUCGGCGGGGAAGAGGAGGGAGGGGAGGGGGGAGGGGGAAGAUGGGAUUUAUGUGGAUAGGGAGUGGGGUGUGAAGGCUGAGAGGGAGGGUGAGGGUGAGGGUGAGGGGCCGUCGAGGGAGAAAGAUGCGUAUGGCCACGUUUGAUUGGUUUUCUGGGAUUGGGAUGCGAUGGAGAUGGUGAUGGAUCCUGCGCGGUAUACACAUUCCCAUCACCCAACUCCCAAGUCUCCGUCAACCCCUCUGCGCCAUGGAGCCGUGUGGUUUUGGAAAAAGAGUGUGACCACCACGGAUAUUUGGCCAGGUCCGUCAUGGGGAGACGCCGCGCAGACAUCGCUGACCGCUGCCAUGCAUGACCGCCCUCCGAUCCCGCAGGCUUUGGGCUUUUCGUAUUGUCAGUUUC